AAAAAACACAACGAGAGAGAGAGAGCACUGCUGCCUGUCAGCCUUGGGGACUGGGAUAUAGUUUGCAAACCUGGGCAUGUUCUCCUUGGGCUAAACAAUUGAUGCUAAUCUAAAAGGCUUUGUGAGAAACAAAUCAAGACCCGGAUUAGAUCAACUGCCAUGGAUGUUUUAUCCAGUGUUUUUUUCAGGUGAAGGUGUUUCAGAGGGUCUGCAAGGAUACUUUCUUUUCUGAAAACACACAUUUAGAUGAAGUAAACAUUCACAGAGAAGAGCAGGAGACAUGGGCGACAACAUACCUGGUGGAAUUGUAGCAGCUGCAAAGAACCGGCUGCAGGUAGUGAAGGGUCUGGAGGAUGUGGAGGUGUCCGAAUGUGAGAGCUGCUCUUUUGAGGUGAAGCUCAACCUGGCCUACAUCGAGGGUGUGUGGACCAGAGAUGGGAUGCAACUCAAGUGUAAGCCCAACUGCCGCAUCAGUAUGCAUGGGAAGAAACACUCCCUCAUACUGAACAGGGUGGCUCUGGGAGAUGCUGGCCUGUUCUCUUUUGAGGCUAGUGGCAUUCAGACGUCCGGCCGCCUCAGUGUCAAAGCUAGAGAUAUCCACAUAGUGAAGGAGCUAGAGGAUGUCGACACAGUUGAGCGUCAACCUGUGAACUUCACAUGCGAGGUCAACCAGGUGGAUGUGGAAGGUCGUUGGUACCGAGAUGACUGCAGGAUCAGAACUGGGGACAACAUCAAGAUCAGACACCAGGGUAAAUCUCACACCCUGAUGUUUACCUCAGUCAGGCCGGAGCAUGCUGGAGAGAUCAGAUUCACUGCAGAGCGUGUGUCAUCCUAUGCAACGCUCAUGGUUACAGAGCUCCCAGUCCAAAUAGUGCGCCCUCUGAGGGUCAAGGUAGCCAUGUAUCACUACCGGGGUUUGCUAGAGUGCCAGGUGUCACGACCUAAUGCUCACGUCAGGUGGUACAAGAACGGAAAGGAGCUCCUGCCCAAUAAGAAGUACCAACUAAUCAGCCAAGAUGUGUACAGGCAGCUGACCAUUGAUGACGUGUGCUCCUCAGAUGAGGACACCUACACCUGCGAUGCUGGAGAUGAUGAAACCUCAUGUCUGCUUCUGGUGGAGGAGCAGGCUAUCGGCAUAGUGCGGGGGUUGAGCUCGGUAGAGGUGAUGGAGCCAGAGCCAGCGCUGUUCCAAGCAGAGACCAGCCUGAAAUCUGUGAGGCCUCCCAAAUGGACCUUGAAUGGGGAGGUGCUGGAGCAUUGUGCCGCGGUGAACAUCAACAGGGACGGCGCCCUCCACAGUCUCCUUCUCACCUCCACAGAUAGCACCAUGUGUGGCCCUGUGCUCUUUGUAGCUGGAAAGAGUCGUUCCACUGCUCAGCUCACUGUGAAAGAGCGACCCCUUGAGGUUGUUCACCACUUGGAAGAUGUGGAGGUGAAAGAGAACAGUUCUGUGACUCUGAGGUGUCAGUUUGCCCCAUCUCCCAGGGUGGUGAGAUGGUUUAAAGGUCGGACUACCCUGAAGACCUCGAACAAGUACAGCAUGAGGAGAGAAGGGAAACGAGCAGAGCUGACCAUUCAUGGCCUGACAGGAAUGGAUGCAGGGCAGUACCGCUGCAUGGGUGGAGGCUCACAGAGCACAGCAUACGUUAAAGUAGAAGUGCGAACACUUAAGUUGGUCAAACACCUUGAGCCAGUGGAAAUUGAGGAGGAUGGCAUUGCCUCUUUCUCAUGUGAGCUCAACUAUGUGGUUGCCAACGUGGAGUGGCUCCUCAACAAUGUCCGCAUCUACCCCAACGCCAUCAACAGGAUCCAGCACAUGGGCACAAUGCACAGCCUCACAUUGAAGAAGCUGCGGCCACAGCAGAGCAGGGUCACCUUUAAAGCAGGCCUUCUCUCUGAGACGACACUCUUGAGAGUCAAAGAAUGUCCUGUGGUUUUCCUGAGGUCACUGGAGGAUGUAGUGGGAGAGGAGCAAGGGCAGGUCUGUCUGCAGUGUGAAAUUUCCAAAGAGACUGUGACUCCUGUGUGGAGAAAGGAUGGCAUGGUUCUGACAGCUGAUGAUAAGCAUGAACUACUCCAGUCUGGGAAGUCCAUGGCACUGAUCAUCCAUUCUCUCAGCAAAGAGGAUGCUGGACAAUACAGCUGUGACCUGGGCACCAGCCAGACUAAGGCUAAAGUCAGAGUACAUGACUUGCACCUCACUAUUGUUCAUCGUAUGAAGACAGCCUCUGUCUCAGAGGGUCAAAGCUGUUCUUUUGAGUGUCUCCUCUCUCACGAUCUUGACGAAGAGGCUUCCUGGACAAUCAAUGGCCAGACGGUGGUCACCAAUAGCCGGACCCAGGUGAUCAACAGUGGCCGCAAGUAUCAGAUGACCAUCACAGAUGCCACUCUUAAGGACACUGGAGAUGUGGUCUUUGCAAUUAAAGACCUCAGCUGUAGGGCCAUGCUUUUUGUCAAAGAGAAACCGGUGAACAUCUUCAGGGACCUGUUGAAUGUAAAGGGGGUGCCAGGCGAGGAUGCAGAGCUGAGCUGUGAAAUCGCCAAUACUGAGGUCACCAUUCGCUGGUUAAAAAAUGGCCAUCUCAUCAGACAGAGCCCUAAGUAUGUAAUGAACGUGGAGAAGCACUUGGCACGGCUGGUGAUCAAGAAUUGCACCAUCAGAGACUCUGGGGAAUACUGCUGUGAGGCUGGAGGUGUUGCCUCCCGUGCUAAGCUGGAGAUCAGAGAAUUCCAGCACACAUUUGCAAAGGAGUUGAGGGACGCACGAGCAGAGGAAAAGGGUAAAGUGACCCUGGAGUGUGAGACCAGGCAUCCCGCCAAGCGAGUGGCCUGGCUGAAGGGAAUGAUGGAGCUGAAGUCUGGCAGGAAGUAUGUGAUCAGGCAGAAGGGUGUGGUGUUGUCCCUGACAAUUACCUGUCUGGAGAAACUGGACACAGAUAUUUACACAUGCAAUGUCGGCACCAUGCAGAGCCGGGCGCAACUGACUGUGCAGGGCCAGUGUGUUUUGAUCCUGGAUGAACUUGAGGAUAUUGCGUGUCUCGAAGGUGAUACGGUAACAUUCAGGUGUCGAAUUUGCCCCGAUGACUACAUCGGGGUCAAGUGGUACCUGGAUGAGACUCUGCUGUACACCAAUGAGCUCAAUGAGAUCCAGAUGUCGCCCGGAGGCUACCACAUCCUCACAUUUAAACAGCUCGCCCGCAAGGACACUGGCACCAUUUCAUUUGUGGCAGGAGACAAAAGGUCGUACGCGUCACUGCUGGUUAGAGAGAGGCGUCCCACCAUCACUAAAGCGCUGGACGACUGUGAGGCUAUUGAAGGAGGUGGUUUGGUUUUGUCAUGUGUGACGUCCAAACCAUGCCACAUUCUGUGGUACAAAGAUGGCUGCCUAAUGUGGAGCUCCUCCAGAUAUUCCACCAGUCGUUCUGGCUGUGAGGCUCGACUGACAAUUCGAGAAGUCUGUAACAGUGAUGCGGGGGUGUACGAGUGCAGUGCAGGAUCUGUUACAACUAGAGCUGCUGUGACUGUCAAAGCCAUCCCAGCAGAGUUCACCCAGACUCUGACAACUGUGGAGGCCAAAGAAGGAGAGACUGUGACCCUGACCUGUGAGUACUCUUUGCCUGGGGUCCAGGUCCUUUGGAAGAGAGGGUUUGAGAGUAUCAGACCCGGAGACAAGUAUGUGAUGAAACAGAGAAAGACGAUCAUCUCUUUAACCAUCAAAUUCUUGAAACCUGUGGACUCAGGAGAAUAUUCCUGUCAGUGCCGCGAUCACCGCACGACUGCAAGUCUCAAAGUGCAUGCUAUUCCUAUUUCAUUCAUACAACAACUGAGGAACAUGCAAGCGGAGGAGGGCAGCAAUACCAUUCUGCGCUGUGAGCUGUCCAAACCUGGAGUAACAGUGGAAUGGAGGAAAGGGGAUGAGCAGCUGAGAAAUGGGGUCAAACACCAGAUAAGAAAAAGGGAGACGACUAUGGAGCUUCUGAUAUGGAAGUGUGUACCUGAGGACAGCGGAGUCUAUAGCUGUGUGUGUGCUGAUCAGAUGACGUCCGCCACUAUCAAAAUCACUGCUCUUCCAGUCACGUUCAAGCAGAAGCUGAGGAACGUGGUGAUCGAGGAGGGAAACAUUGCGACUUUUCGCUGUGAGCUGUCUAAACCUGGUCAUGCUGUGGAAUGGAGGAAGAGCGGGAAUGAUCUCAUUAUAAAUGGAGACAAAUAUAAUAUACGGCAGAGAGACAUGCUGGUAGAACUGAGGAUCAGUGAUGUGACAACUGAGGACAGCGACAUCUACACAUGCAUCUGUGGAAGCAUAGAGACGACUGCAACACUGACUGUAAAUGCUCUUCCCAUCACUUUCAAGCAAAAACUGAAGAACCUCCAAGUUGCGGAAGGACACAACAUCACAUUGAUCUGUGAGAUCAAUAAACCUGGAGUUCCAGUGGAAUGGAGGCUCGGAGGAGACUUGUUAGAAAACGGGGAGAAGUACCAGAUUAAACAAAGAGGCACUGCCUUGGAGUUGACCAUCAGAGAUGCUGUGCAAGAGGACAGUGGUGUAUACACCUGUGUAUGUAGAGAGCAGAGGACGAAGGCCACUGUUAAAGUUAUUGCAAUUCCUGCCACAUUUAAAAUGAGCCUGAAGAGUCAGGAGGCCGAAGAGGGGAACAGUGUGACAUUACGCUGUGAGCUGUCAAAGAAGGGAGUCCGGCUACAGUGGCAGAGGAACGGUGAGGAGCUGCGUGAGGAGAUGUCUCCAGGGAAGUAUCAGAUGAGAGUCGAAGGAAAAAUGGCUCUGAUGACCAUUGCCAAUGUCCAGUCAAGAGAUGCAGGGAAGUACAGCUGCAUUAUAGGUGAUGAGAAGACCACAGCUGAAAUCAAAGUGAAAUCGCUUCCUGUGAUAUUCAAACGAGAGCUCCAGCACCUUGUGGCAAAGGAAGGGGACAGUGGAGUUUUCUGCUGUGAGCUCUCCAAACCUGGAGCUCCGGUGGAGUGGAGGAAAGGCAGAGUCAUACUGAAGCCUGGAGGGAAAUAUGAGAUGAAGCAGGAGGGGCAUCUCACUAAACUGGUCAUCAACAACACAGAGGAGAGUGAUGCUGGCAAAUUCACCUGCAAGACUAAAGACAGCCAAUCAACUGCUGAGCUCACUGUUCAAGCUUUACCAUCAAGUUUCAAGCUGCCAUUGGUAAACCAGGAGGUGACGGAGGGCAACAGUGUGGUUCUGCAUUGUGAGCUCAACAAACCUGCUCCCGUGGUGGAGUGGUGGAGAGGAAGUGAGCUGCUGAAGAAUGGAGCCAAGUAUCAGAUGAGAAAGAAGGACCUCCAGGUGGAGAUGAAGAUUUUGGACCUCAGUCUAGAUGACACUGGAGAUUAUACCUGUAUGUGUGGUGUACAGAGGACAACAGCUCGGAUCCUGGUGAAUGAACAACCCAUUAAAUUCCUCCAAGAACUGAAAAACAUUCAGGUGCAGGAGGGACAUGAGGUGACGCUCUGUUGUGAACUCUCCAAACCUGACAUUCCUGUGCAGUGGAAGAAAAAUGACAAAGUUCUGACCAGUGGAGAGAGAUACCAGAUGAAGCACAAUGGCUCCACAGUGGAGCUGCUCAUCAAGAAAAGCCAACCUGAGGACAGUGGCACAUACAGCUGUGUUUGUGAUGACAUGAAAACGACCGCCACCAUCAUUAUCACUGCAAUUCCAGUCACUUUCAAGCAGAAGCUGAAGAACCAGGAGGCUGUGGAGGAGGGCAGCGUUAUGCUGCGCUGUGAGCUUUCUAAGCCAGGAGUCCCAGUAGAGUGGAGGAGAAAUGCUCAGCUCCUGAAGGAGGGAGACAAAUAUCAGUUGAAGCAAGAAGGCCGGGUGGCUGAGAUGCUGAUUAGAAAUUUAAGUCUCAAAGAUGCAGGGGAGUACUGCUGUUUUGUUGGCGCUGUUGUCACUUCAGCUGACAUCAAAGUAAGAGCACUCCCUGUAACAUUUAAGCAAGAGGUUGAGAAUUUAGAACUAAAGGAAGGAGGCAGCGGAGUUUUCUGCUGCAAGCUCUCCAAACCUGGAGCUCCAGUUGAAUGGAGGAAAGGCAGAGUUGUCCUCAAACCUGGGUACAAAUAUGAGAUGAAACAGGAGGGAGGUCUCACAAAACUGAUCAUCAAUAACGUGGAGGAGAGUGAUGCUGGGAAAUACACCUGCAAGACCGAAGACAGCCAAUCAACUGCUGAGCUCACGGUCAAAGCUCCUCCCAUCACAUUUAAUACAAAGUUGAGGAACAUGGAGGUGGAGGAGGAGAACAGCGUCACAUUGAGCUGUGAGUUAUCUAAACCCGGCCUGGCUGUGGAGUGGAGGAAAGGAGGUGAGCUUCUGAAGAAUAAUAUCAAGUACCAGAUUAAGAAUCGAAGCAGCAACAUGGAGCUGACCAUAAGAAAUGCACAGCUGGAGGACAGUGGUCUCUACAGCUGCAUCCAUGGUGAUGUCAAGACCACAGCCAAUGUUACUAUCACACCAAUUCCCCUCGCCUUUAAAAUGGGUCUGAAGAACCAAGAGGCCCGUGAAGGUGGUAACGUGUCCCUUCGCUGUGAGCUGUCCAGGGCUGGGGUCCCCGUGCAGUGGUGGAAGGCAGAGGAUCAGCUCUAUCACGGGGGCAGAUAUCAGAUGAUACAGAAAGGAAACAUAGCUGAGAUGAUAAUAAAAAACAUCCAGCCAGAGGAUGUUGGACAAUACAGCUGCAUCUUUGGAGAGCAACAGACAACGGCUGAAGUGAAUGUGAGAGCGGCAGCAUCAGUAUUCUUUGAGAAGGAACUGGAAAACCAAGUGGUAAUGGAGGGGAAAUCUAUGCUGCUGUCCUGUGAAGUUUCAAAUGCUAAUGUCCCGGUCACUUGGAAGAAGGACAACAUUGUGGUGGAAGAAGGACGAUGCAUUAUAAAAAAGAAGGGCCCCACGCACUCUCUGGAGAUCAAGAAAUUGCUUCUGGAGGAUGCUGGAGAGUACUGCUGUAUCACCAGAGGCAAAAAGACUGUGGCCAAGCUAAUUGUGAAGGAGCGAGUGAGGAUUGUUACUGCACUACAAGACAUGACGGUGACAGCAGGAGAGGAUGCAGUGUUUGUGUGUGAGCUGAGCCAUGCGGAUGUGAGUGAAGGUGUCUGGUGGCUUGGGUCUAGCCCUCUGCAGAUGAAUGAGAUGAACCAGAUGAUGUGCCAUGGUCGCCAACACCAACUGGUCCUCACCAUGACGACACCCGAGGAGACGGGCACUGUGGCAUUUGUAAUUGGGGAUGAAAGGACCUCUGCACGUCUGCUAGUGGUUCCUAAACCCAAAGUUUUAAUUGAGGAAAAGCCUGAGGAUGUUGUAAUCGUGGAAGGAGACACAGCCUCUUUGUCCUGCACGAUCUCUGACCUUACGUCCACGGUUACCUGGAGACGCAACCAUAUUCCUCUUCGUAAUGGUGAUAAAUAUGAAUUACGUAAGAAGGGAAAGGUCAACCUGCUGCUUAUUCAUGAUGUGGAGGCCCUGGAUACUGGAAUAUACUGCUGUGAUACAGGGGAUAUGCAGAGCAGUGCCAAACUUACUGUAACAGAGCUCCCGCCAUUCUUCCAGGAAGAGUUGCAGAGUGUGGAAGUUGAAGAGGGAGGUGUGACCACUCUGCAUUGUGAGCUGUCUAAACUUGCAGUGCCAGUUCAAUGGAAGAAGAACAGACUGCCACUAAGAUCCAGCAGGAAAUAUGAGAUAAGGCAGGAUGGCUGCGUCCUCCAGCUGCACAUCAAGGAGCUCAAACUUGAGGACAGUGGCAGCUACACAUGUGAAGCAGGCAGUGCAGGGACCACUGCAACUGUGACAGUGAAAGAGCCCCUUCCAUUCUUCAAGAAAGGCUUAGUAAGUGUGGAGGUCGAUGAGGGAGGUGUAGUCUCCCUGUCCUGUGAGCUGUCUCGACCCGGAGUGUCAGUUAAGUGGAAGAGGAACAAACUGCCGCUGAGAGCAAACACAAAGUAUGAAAUCAUACAAGAUGGCUGCCUUCUUUAUCUACACAUCAAGGAGCCCAAACCUGAGGACAGUGGCAGCUUCACAUGUCAAGUGGGAGGUGCAGAGACCACUGCAACUGUGACAGUGAAAGAGCUCUUGCCAUUUUUCAAACAAGAACUGAAGAAUGAGGAGGCUGAGGAGGAAGGUACAGUUUCUCUGUACUGUGAGGUGUCUAAGCCUGGAGUGGCAGUGCAGUGGAAGAAGAAUAAGCUGCCACUGAGAGCAAACAUGAAGUAUGAGAUGAGGCAGGAUGGCUGUCUCCACCAGCUGCACAUUAAGGGGCUCAAACCUGAAGACAGCGGCAGUUACACAUGCCAAGCAGGAAGUGCAGAGACCACUGCAAGUGUGACAGUGAGAGAGCUCCCACCAUUCUUCAAAAGGGCCUUACAAAGUGUGGAGACUGAGGAGGGAGGUACAGUCUCACUGUCCUGUGAGGUGUCUAAACCUGGUCUGUCAGUGCAGUGGAGGAAGAACAGGCUGCCACUGAGAGCCAGCAGGAAGCACAAGAUGAAGCAGGAUGGCUGUCGACUGGAGCUCCACAUUGAUGAGCCCAAACCUGAGGACAGUGGCAGCUACACAUGUCAAGCAGGAAGUGCAGAGACCACUGCAAGUGUGACAGUGAAAGAGCUGGCUCCAUUUUUCCACAAGGAAUUACAAAAUGUGGAGGCUGAGGAGGGAGGUCCAGUCUCUCUGUGCUGUGAGGUGUCUAAGCCUGGAGUAUCAGUGCAGUGGAAGAAGAAUAAACGGUCACUGAGAACAAACAGUAAAUACACAAUAAUACAAGAUGACUGCCUGCUUCACCUCCACAUCAAUGAGCCCAAACCUGAGGACAGUGGCAGCUACUCUUGUCAAGUAGGAAGUGCAGAGACCACUGCAAGUGUCACAGUAAAAGAGAUCCCACCUUUCUUCAUGAAUGACUUACUAAGUGUGGAGGCUGAGGAGGGAGGUACUGUCUCACUGUCCUGCGAGGUGUCUAAACCUGGUCUGUCAGUGCAGUGGAAGAAGAAUAAACGGUCACUGAGAACAAACAGUAAAUACACAAUAAUACAAGAUGGCUGCCUGCUUUACCUCCACAUCAAUGAGCCCAAACCUGAGGACAGUGGCAGCUACACUUGUCAAGUAGGAAGUGCAGAGACCACCGCAAGUGUCACAGUAAAAGAGAUCACACCUUUCUUCGAGAAGGACUUACAAAGUGCGGAGGCUGAGGAGGGAGGUACUGUCUCACUGUCCUGUGAGGUGUCUAAACCUGGUCUGUCAGUGCAGUGGAAGAAGAACAGACUGCCACUGAGAGCCAACAGGAAGUUUAGGAUGAAACAGGAUGGCUGUCUACUGGAGCUCCACAUUGAUGAGGUCAAACCUGAGGACAGUGGCAGCUACACGUGUCAAGCAGGAAGUUCAGAGACCACUGCAACUGUGACAGUGAGAGAGAUGGCUCCAUUUUUCCACAAGGAAUUGCAAAAUGUGGAGGCUGAGGAGGGAGGUACAGUCUCCCUGUGCUGUGAGGUGUCUAAACCAGGGGUGCCUGUACAGUGGAAGAAGAACAAGCUGCCACUGAGAGCAAACACGAAGUAUGAAAUAAUACAAGACGGCUGCCUACUUUAUCUCCACAUCAAAGAGCUCAAACCCCAGGACAGUGGCAGCUACACAUGUCUAACAGGCCGUGUUGAGACCACUGCAACUGUGACAGUGAGAGAACUUCCUCCAUUCUUCAAGAAAGGCUUAAUAAGUGUGGAGGCUGAUGAGGGAGGCCCGGCCUCCUUGUCCUGUGAGUUGUCUAGAUCUGGAGUAACAGUUCAGUGGAAGAAGAAUAAACUACCACUGAGAGCAAACAGGAGGUGUGAAAUAAUACAAGAUGGCUGCCUGCUUCAUCUUCAUAUCAAGGAGCUCAAACCUGAGGACAGCGGAAGCUACACAUGUCAAGCUGGAAGUGCAGAGACCACUGCAACUAUGACAGUGAGAGAGCUCCCACAUUUCUUCAAAAAGGAAUUGAAAAAUCUAGAGGCUGAGGAGGGAGGUACCGUCUCACUGUCCUGUGAGGUGUCUAAACCUGGUCUGUCAGUGCAGUGGAAGAAGAACAGGCUGCCACUGAGAGCCAGCAGUAAGUAUAAGAUGAAGCGUGAUGGCUGUCUGCUGGAGCUCCACAUUGAUGAGGUCAAACCUGAGGAUGGUGGCAGCUACACAUGUCAAGUAGAAAGUGCAGAGACCACUGCGUCGGUGGCAGUGAAAGAGCUGGCUCCAUUCUUCCACAAGGAAAUACAAAACGUAGAGGCUGAGGAGGGAGGUACAGUCUCACUGUCCUGUGAGGUGUCUAAACCUGGUCUGUCAGUGCAGUGGAGGAAGAACAGGUUGCCACUGAGAGCCAGCAGGAAGCACAAGAUGAAGCAGGAUGGCUGUCUACUGGAGCUUCACAUUGAUGAGCUCAAACCUGAGGAUAGUGGCAGCUACACAUGUCAAGCAGGCAGUGCAGAGACCACUGCAAGUGUGACAGUGAAAGAGCUGGCUCCAUUUUUCCACAAGGAAUUACAAAAUGUGGAGGCUGAGGAGGGAGGUCCAGUCUCUCUGUGCUGUGAGGUGUCUAAGCCUGGAGUAUCAGUGCAGUGGAAGAAGAAUAAACGGUCACUGAGAACAAACAGUAAAUACACAAUAAUACAAGAUGGCUGCCUGCUUCACCUCCACAUCAAUGAGCCCAAACCUGAGGACAGUGGCAGUUACUCUUGUCAAGUAGGAAGUGCAGAGACCACUGCAAGUGUCACAGUAAAAGAGGUCACACCUUUCUUCGAGAAGGACUUACAAAGUGUGGAGGCUGAGGAGGGAGGUACUGUCUCACUGUCCUGUGAGGUGUCUAAACCUGGUCUGUCAGUGCAGUGGAAGAAGAACAGACUGCCACUGAGAGCCAACAGGAAGUUUAGGAUGAAACAGGAUGGCUGUCUACUGGAGCUCCACAUUGAUGAGGUCAAACCUGAAGACAGUGGCAGCUACACGUGUCAAGCAGGAAGUGCAGAGACCACUGCAAGUGUGACAGUGAAAGAGCUGGCUCCAUUCUUCCACAAGGAAUUGCAAAAUGUGAAGGCUGAGGAGGGAGAUAUGGUUUCUCUGUGCUGUGAGGUGUCUAAAUCAGGAGUUUCAGUGCAGUGGAAGAAGAACAAGCUGCCACUGAAAGCAAACAUGAAGUAUGAGAUGACGCAGGAUGGCUGUCUCCUCCAGCUGCAUAUCAAAGAGCUCAACCCUGAGGACAGUGGCAGCUACACAUGUCAAGCAGGUAGUGCAGAAACCACUGCAACUGUGACAGUAACAGCAUUACAAUCUCGUCCACCAAAGACAGAACCUCCCACUCUAUUACCUCGAGUAAAGGGCACUGUUUCCAAAACAUCUCCUACUCCAGAGAAUGAGAAGCCGAGACUCCAAGAGGCCAAACCUGUUCCUCCAGAGCCCAAAAAGAGAGCUAAUAGGAAAGCUUCUAUCACAAAUUCAGAAAAGGAUGUAGAGCCUAUAAUAGAUCUAAAUAAGACUAUACUGAAGGUGGGUAAAGCGGAUAAGGGAAAACGACCUGUCAAGUCUGUGGAGGAAGACUAUGACAUUGUACAGAAUAUAACACAACUGGAGAAGGAAGAAGAUAAAAUGUGUGAGGUGGACAACAAACCAGAGAAGUCAAUAAGAUUAUUGGAGAAAGAUGACAGGAUUGACAGGAACGUCAAAGAGCCUAGUAGGUCUUUGGAAACAGAAGUUUUCCUGGGGAAACAACAAAUAGGCGACCUGAAAAUAAGUCAGUCAGAGAGAAUUUCCGAUGACCUUGUGUUUGAACAACAGAAACAGAUGUUACUUUGUCAAGAAAAGGAAAGUGAAGCCAAGCUGAGCGUAGCACAAUCUGAAAAGCCUUCAGAGAAAAUAAUUGAAGUUGACAAAAGAGAGAAACACCCAGGAACACAUGGGUGGAAGGACAGUGAGGACAGAAAAGGACCUGGGAAGCCACAAGAAGAGUUAAUUGGAAAAGAAACAUCAACGGCUGAUAAUAGUAGGUCCACAGUGAAGGAAGGUGAAGCAGAUAAGACAGAAGAGGAGCCUUUAAAACCCCCGGUAAGAUCUAAAUUUAAGCCAGCAGACGGAAAACAACCUUUGACAUGUAUUGUCAAGAAAACAGAGGAGUUUGUUCCCCAAUCAUUAAAGGCUACAGUAAAUGAUUCAGAAGAGGACCACAAACAUACAGACUAUAUGAAACAAGUUUCUACAGAGGAAGAACGAGAGAGAAAAACACUGAAGCAAGUCUCUGUACAUCACCUGGACAAACAGUCAAGAGAAAAACCAGAAACGCCUUCCAUAAGAGAGGAUGAACAUGUCUCUCCAAAACCACCAUUAAGGAUUAAAAGCAAACCAAGAGGAGGGAUGGAAAAACAAGAAGAACAAGAGCUAACAGUGAAAAGUGUGGUGAAAAGAACAGAUGGUCAGGCAACACAACAGUUAUUGAGACCUGUGGAUAAAGAGGAACCCAGAUUUGAGAGGAAACUGUCAGCCACACUAGACACUGAAGUAACUGAUGAAAUAAAGCAUGCUGUGAAAGCUGAAGAGAAAGAUAUAGACACCAAACAGCUGAGCAAACAACCAGUAAAACCCAUGAAAAAAGACCCUGGAGUUGACCAGGACAUAAAGAUUGCAGUUAAGCCACUGAGAAGGGAGGAAGAGAAAAAAAUUAUGGAAGCUGUUUACCUGUCAGAAGAUGAGACCUUCUUAGAGGCUUUGACAGAGAUACCAGUGGACUACAGUAAGGAUCAGCCAAUUGGUCAACCCUCUAUUUUUUCUCCAGUUCAUGCACUCCAGGAGAAACAUCCUCCCCAUGCUGCUUCACCAGAUGUUGACAUAAGCACUGAAUUUGAACCACAAAUGCAAGAUGCUGCAGUCAAAAUCCAGGCUGCCUUUAAAGGCUACAAAACAAGAAGAGACAUGCGACCUGUCUUCACAGAGGUGUUUAAGAACCAAAGUACAGAUGUUCAUAGUACAAUCACUCUAGUGUGUAUUGUAGACGGAAAACCCAGCAAAGUGCGAUGGCUGAAAAAUGGCACACAGAUCACUAAUGACCACCGCUGCCGUGUUGAGACCACAGAGAAUGGUGUGUGCACACUGGUGAUCAAAAACCUCAAAACCAAUGACACUGGAAUCUAUGCCUGUGAGGUGAUGAAUACAUUUGGCAUGACUUCUUACAAUGGAAACAUAACUGUUGUUGAGCCUCUGCAGCCGGUCCCUACAGCCCAGAAACCUGUACACCCACCCCUUGCCGCCAUAACUCCUUUGCAACUUGCUCCAGUAAAGCCUGAGGAACAGGCUGAAACACAAACCAAGAAUCAGAUUCCCACAUCAGCUACAGAUGAUGCAAACUAUGUAGAAAGUGUGAGUGUCUCUUUGUGGGAGGCCUUCAACCUGACGGAGCAGGAUACACAAAAGAAGCUCCAAAAGAGGAGAGGAUCAUCUCUCAUUGCUGCCUGCUCGAUGUCAAGUCCUUCUGAUUAUGACACAGCUCCUGACAUAAUGGAACCUGUUGAAACCAGCCCAGUUCUUUCAAGGGAAGUUCCAAAGCCAGAAGAUAAAGUACCUCCAAAGGACAAUGAAGAAGCAAUAAGUGCUCCACAAACUCCUAUGAAACUGCUGAAAGUCGUAGGGGCUCAAGGAAGCAAAAUGAGGACACCAUCUCCAAAGCAUCAUCGUGCCCACACACCCUUAACUAGUACUGUAUCUGGAUCAGAAUCAGAAGGAGAGGAGAAUAGCCAAGAGGUGUUUGAAAUGUAUGUGGCUCGAGCUGACUGCAGCUCAACCGGUGGUAAUAAGGACAGUUUCAUCCUCAAGGAGGGGCAGUUUGUAGAAGUCCUGGAUUCUUUUCAUCCUGACAGCUGGCUAGUGAGGACCAAACCUGCUAAAACCAACCCUGCGCGACAAGGAUGGGUGUGUCCAGCCUAUCUGGAGAAGAGGAGAAGGGAGACCUUCCCACAAAUAAGAACACCUCAAGAGGAUCUUGAUGAAAUUGGGUCUACAGUAGAAGAAUACAGGAGAGCUCUGAGUCAACUGGUCCAAGGCCUAAUCAAUGGAGAGGAGGAGUUUGUUAGGGAAAUGAAGAUGUUCAUCACUCACCAACUUAAUUAUUUGGACUCUAGUCACAAUGUGCCCGCUAACAUCCUCAGCCAGAAAGAGAUCAUUUUCAGGAACAUCAAGGACAUUGUGUCUUUGCAUGAGAGGUCAGUCCUCCCUGGUCUAAGAGGCUGUGACACAGACGAUGACGUGGCCGUGCUUCUGAUCAUGCACUCCGAAGACUUUGAGAAGUAUCUCCACUACAUCAUGGGACAAGCACAAUCAGAAGCUUGUGUCACUGACAAGGCUAUGCAGCAGUAUUUCAAGGAGUUAACACAAUAUAGUCAGUCGGAUGAAACCAUCAUGGAUGCACUUACUUUCCUCCAGAGACCAGUGGAGAGGAUUCAAACCUACCAGGGUUUACUGAAGGAGUUAAUCAAGAAUAAAGCCAAGAGUGGUCAGAGCUGCUGUCUGUUAGAGGACGCCUUCUCCAUGGUGUCCUGUCUUUCCUUGAGGUCUGACAAUCUGCACCAGGUAUCACUCAUCGAGAACUACCCAGCUCCUCUAAUUUCCUUGGGUGAGCCUGUGCGACAGGGAGUCUUCACAGUGUGGGAGGAAUCUCCAGAAAUGAAGACAGCCUCUAGAGGGCAUCAGAGACAAGUCUUUUUCUUCAAGGAAUGCAUUGUCCUGUGUAAACUGAAAAGAGAUGUGCGCAUGAACAGUGUCACCUACACCUUCAAGAACAAAAUGAAGCUGAAUGAUGUGGAAAUAAAGGAGAGUGUUGGAGGAGAUGAAAAGUCUUGGGGGUUAUGGCAUGAGCACAGGGGCUCGGUGCGGAGGUAUACGCUGCAAGGCCGUUCCACGCUGGCUAAACUCCCGUGGCUCAAAGAACUGAAGGAGCUCCAGCAGCGCUCCAGACUGCCCACUAACAGUCCACCAGCGUUUGAUUCGCCACUGUCUGACUGCACAACAAAGAUAGGACAGACGAUUAAACUGACAUGCAAGGUCACAGGAUCACCCAAACCAGUGGCCAGCUGGUUCAAAGAUGGUCUUCCUCUGGAGGAUGACCCCCGUCACAUCAUCACAGCAGACCGGUCUGGCACCUGCAGUCUUGUUCUAGACAAUCUCACUUCUGAAGACUCUGGACAGUAUACCUGCUAUGCCACCAGCUUCAUGGGCACUGCUGGUACUCUGGCAAAGGUUGUGGUGCAGGCUCCACCCAGAUUUGUGAGUCGGCUGGAGAGUGCUUGUCUGAUAGAAGGAGAGGAUAUCCAGUUCACUUGUUCCACGUUCAGUGUUCCAUUACCACGAAUCAGGUGGUUUAAAGAUGGCAGAGAAUUGACUGACCAGCAAAAGUAUUCAAUCGUGAACGACGCUCGUAGUGGAAUCUUGUGUCUGACAGUCAUCAGUGCAACAGUGGCAGAUAUUGGGCAGUAUGAGUGCGAGCUGUGGAAUGAGUUGGGCUGUGUCAAGUGCAAGGCGGGUCUGUGUCCUGCUUAUGUACCAACGAACGACACUCUGACUGACCAAUCUCAGGAUUUGCCACCUAAAGAUGCAGACUCCGAGGGCUGGUCCACUGCCUUUGUGAACAAAUGGUUACAGGCUGAGUUAAGCCCCACCUCCAUUGUCAAGAUGCUUCUCCCUCCGGAAUACACUGAACAAACACAGUAUAGCGCUGAGGAGGCUGUUCCAUAUCCAUCCACAUCCAUGGAUCUCGCGGUUCAUCUGCCUGUAUGUUACCCUGAGGAAGUGGAGGAGGAGAUUUACCUUUCAGAACCAAUGCAAGAGAUUACAGAUGCUCCUCCCUCCAUCCAAGUACCCACUGAAGACGUGUAUGUAGAACCGGGCCAACCAGCUACAUUUGUUGCCAUCAUCACAGGGAGACCUGCUCCUAAGAUACAGUGGUACAAGGAUGAGGAGGAUAUUGCAGCCAAUGAGAAUGUGGAGAUAGUACAGCACGGUGCUCGCUACUCACUGACCAUCGUUUGCUGUGAGGGGGAAGACAGUGCCAUAUACACCUGCAUUGCUUACAAUAACUCUGGUCAUGAUUCGUGCCAGGCUCAGCUUACAGUGGAGGAAGGUCCACUGGAGUGUCAGGAGAGAGAGGUGGAGCUGUGCAAGAGGAGAAAGUUAUUCGCUGUCUAUGAUGUUCAUGAGGAAAUUGGAAGGGGAACAUUUGGGGUGGUGAAGCGUGUCGUCCACAGACGGACUGGUGAAGUCUUCGCUGCUAAGUUCCUGCCUCUGCAGAGCAGCACUCGGACAAGGGCCUUCCAGGAGAGAGACUUGCUGUCCCGUCUGGCUCACCCCAGAGUGGCCUGUCUGCUGGACUUCUUCUGCACCAGACGCACUCUUGUGCUGAUCACAGAAAUCUGUUGCUCUCAUGGUCUUCUGGACCAUUUAUUAUUGAGAGGAUCAGUCUCAGAGAGAGAGGUUCAGUCAUACAUCCAGCAAAUCCUCGAGGGUGUUGGCCACAUUCACAGCAUGAACAUCUUGCAUCUAGACAUUAAACCUGCUAAUAUCCUGAUGGUGUAUCCACCGAGAGAUGAAAUCAAGAUCUGUGACUUUGGGUUUUGCCAAGAAAUAGACACCUCCAGACACCAGUACAGCGUGUUCGGUACACCAGAGUUUAUUGCACCUGAGAUUGUUCACCAGGAACCAGUCACAGUGGCCACUGAUAUUUGGGCUGUGGGUGUUGUAGCCUAUCUAUGCCUGGUGUGUCGAUGUCCUUUCUUGGGUGAGACAGACCGUGCAACACUGCUGACAGUCGGGGAGGGGACCCUGAACUGGGACGCUCCUGAUGUCAUGAACAGGAGCUUCGAAGCCCAGAACUUUCUCCGCCUGGUCCUUCAGCCAGACCCAGAGAAGCGACCGACUGCCUUUGAGUGCUUGAGCCAUGAAUGGUUCCAGGAUGAAAAUGCAGGAGAGGAUACUGACAAAAUCAACACAAAGAGUUUGAAAGUAUUCAUCUCAAAAGUAAAAUGGCAGCGUUCUUUGACCUGCAUUGGGUCAGUUCUCAUGUUGAGGCCUAUCCCUGAGCUGCUGAACGCUCCCCUCAGAGAGAAUGCAGUGACAGUGCCUCGCGAGCUCCAAGAACACAGCAGCUCUUCUCUGAGCAGUGGCUCAUCAUCAGAGUAUGAUGAAGCCGACUCUUGGGGCUUUUUCCAGCACUACAGCCCAACUGAGGAGGAGGAAGAGGAGGACACAGAUGACGAUUAUGAUCCUUUAAUGGAGAGAGCACAGAUCCCUGCGCCUUUUGCCAAGCCCCAUCUACAUGUAGAGGAGGAGGAGGAACUGACAUUAGGAGAGGAAGAGGAGAGAAGGAGUUCCCUAGAGCGCAGUAUGAGCAGGCAGUCAGUUGUGUCAUCAGAAGCGUCCUUCCAACAGACACCUCUGAGGGAGCGUAAGCUGAGUAAGGACAGCAGUCCAUCUCUCAACCUGUCUGACUGGGAUGAGGGUUCAGGAAGUGACGGAGGCCGUAUCCCUCGGGGCAGCGUCAUCCGAAGCACUUUCUACAGCACCUCUCAUCAGCUUUCACCUCUGUCUGCCAGACACAUGACGCUACGGGACAAAUUCAAAGCCAAAAAGCAGGAGAGAGGACGCAAACCACUCAGAAGAAGCUUUUCAGGACGCCUCAAUGAGCCACUCAUUGAAUAUGUAGAGGAUGAGACUGAAACAAAUCGAGGCCAAAGACGGGGAUCAAUCCAGCCCUCAAUACAGAAAUCCUGUUCCUUUGACAGUGGAGUUGUUCUUGCCCAUGGCAACGUACCUCCUCACAGGAGGAGCAGGUCCCUUGAUGAAUAUUCACGGCGAUCUCCCAGCUCGCCCAAGCGCACAAAGCCAGGUGAGGAAGAGGGCUCUCAAAGUCUUAAGGAAGAUUUCACAGAUGAUGAAGUGGCAGGGAGAGACUUGCUGGCCAUCCCGAGUCCAAGUCCACGGCGACCCACAAGAAGAAAAAGAGUCCCUGCCGCUCCUGUGCAUGGGACACACACACUAGGUGGAAUAUCUGUUCACUCAAACUUCAUGGCUGGAGACAGAAUGAGCAACACACUGGAUGAGGAACAGGCAGAAGGGGGAAGUACAUUUGCUGGCUCCCAGGGAUCUCUGGCCGAAUCGUCUAUUUUGGAGCAUGGUGGCUCAGAGUCUUCAAGUAGACUCGGCUCCUAUGAGGAGCUUAGUCAUGAUCAUCUCAGAAGAAAUGACAGGUCAGGGGAGAGUGAAGACUAUGAUCGGAGGGAAACUCUGAUUUCAUCAUCCCCCUGCUCAUUCCCAGAAGUCAUACCCAGAGGCUUGCCUCCUCAGGCACCACCGCGUAAUCGCACCCGUUCCAACCCCAACUUAUGUACAACUAGCAGAGGUAAAUCGGGCCCCUCACUAACGCCGAGCCCAAGUCCCAGCCUCUCUUCACUCCAGGCUCCAGAGACACCUCCAAGGGCCAGGGGAAAGAAGGAAAGCUACGGCCUGCAGAGGCACGCAUCUGCUCCAGCUUUGGAAAUUCGGCUCCCCACAGGAAAGUCACCCAAGCUGGGGCUGCUGAAGAUGUUACGCAGGCAGUCUUGGACUGGCCAUUCAUACUCCCAGCUGGAGAACACAGAGUUAGGACCCACACUGGGUGAGAUCAUGAAGCCAGAUUCACCCAGCAUGUCUCUGCGGAAGAAAAUUAGAGCUUCAGCCUCCAGCCUGACCAAGCUGUUUUCCAGGUCUUCCAGUAAGGAGGAUGUGAGUCAAGGGCCGAUAGUUAAAGGAUCAGCCCAACUCCCAUCUGAAAGGGAGCAUCGAACUGGUCUUGAAAGUCCAAAAAAGAGGACCUCCAAAAUCCUGCCUUCUCUCAAAAUACCUGGAUUCAAAAAGACAAAAGUUCUCCCGGUACGUCCCAACAAAGCGGAUGUGCUCCAUUUGGAUGGGGGCAGAGUCCUGGUGGUCUGGAGACCAGUACAGUCCAGUGACCCUGUCACCUACUGUGUGCAGUACAGUACAAACGGUGGUGAGUGGACGGUCCUGUCAGAGGAGGUGACUGAUAGCUGCUACGUGGUGAAGGAUUUACCAAGAGGACUGUCCUAUGUGUUCAGAGUUGGCUGCAUCACUAAGAUAGGAGCAGGACCUUUCAGUGAUCCUUCUGCACCUGUUGUACUGGCAACGCACCCUGAAGAGACUCACGUCUCUCUCAUUCAAACUGAGACCUUGGGGUCAAAGGCCACUGGAUCAGAAGGACCACCUCCACAUAAGAGCUACAGCUUCCUCUCUGAGAUCAACAGGGGUCGGUUCAGUGUAAUAAGCCUUUGUAGGAAUGUAGAGACCAGCCAAGUGUUUGCUGCUAAGAUCACCCCGUACCACGCACAGCAAAGACAGUUGGUGCUGAGUGAGUAUCAGCUGCUCAAGAGACUCCAUCACUCACACCUGGUGCAGCUGCACACUGCCUUCAUCACCCCCUGCUACCUGGUGUUAGUGGAGGAGCUUUGCCCCGGCAAGGAACUGCUCGACAGUCUCGCUGUGAGAGAUCUGUACGCAGAGGUUCAUGUUGCAGAGCUGCUGUUCCAGAUUCUGAGCGCCGUCGACUACCUUCACAGCCGUCGAGUCGUCCACCUGGACCUGAAGUCUGACAACAUGCUGGUGGACGAUUGUAACCACCUGAAGAUUGUAGACUUUGGUUCAGCUCAGUCCUUCACACCUGGACAGCCCCUCAUUGUCGAACACAUCCAAGGCCUGUCAGAGAGCAAAGACUGUCGCAGCAAAGUUUAUAUUGUCCUUCCUAAAGCUCCGGAGAUCCUGGAGGGUCAUGGUGUCGGGCCUGAAACUGAUAUUUGGGCUGUUGGAGUUCUGUCCUUCAUCAUGCUGAGCGCAGACAGCCCGUUCUCUGCAGAGCACAGCUGGGAGGAGGACAGAAACAUUAAGAAGGGGAAGAUCCAGUUUGGGUGCUGUUACCCUGGACUGUCAGAGGGAGCGUUGAACUUCAUGAAGAGCAGCCUGAAUAACAAAUCCUGGGGGAGACCCACUGCUGCUGAGUGUCUCCAGAACCCGUGGCUGCGCGCUCAUCGUGCUCCUCACAAAGCCCGGCACUCCAAAGUGUGUUUCUCCACAGACAAGCUCAAAGCUUACCUCAAGCAGAAGGAGGAGAAGCGAGAGCUGGUCCGUACCAAGCUUCAGGGUCCUUUCUUUCAGUAAAGCAAUCAUGCAAAUGAAUCUCUCACCAGCUGGUUUAACAUAUGCAGCCUCUUACUCUGCACCUUUGAUUUUAGCUGUGUGGUAAAAAUUGAAAAAGAAUCACAUUUUAGUUUCUGAUUAUGAAAAUGUGAUGCGUCUUAAUGAGUUUUUAGGUACGUUUGUACGUGAGCGUGUGGUGUUUUAAGUUUUAAGUUUGCUCUGGCUUAAUGUGGAAACGAAUCAGGGAUAAAAAAAAUCUAAAAAAUCUGUUUGUUUGUGACAUGAGAGACAGUUGUUUUUCGACGUAUUUUUCUCCCACUGGGAAAAAACUCAAACAUUUCUGUUGUGCAGCUCUGCUUGACUCAGAAACCAGAGUUUGUUUUAUUUAAAUCUUUAAAUGUUAAGACUGCGAUGUAUAAAUGGUAAAUGAAUUGAUGAUUGAUUGAUGCUUCACUGGAGUUUCAUUUUAAUAAUAUAUUGGGUUAAAUAAACACUGGAGUGAGUCAGUGAACGACAGAUUUAAAUAAACAUGAAUAGAGUG